ACAAGAAUGUGACAGUCUUGACAGAUAGAUAACCUAAUCGUAACAUGUAUCUCUAAAUUAUUUAAUUUUUAAAUUAAAGGAUAUUAAUAUUUUAUGAAUGAGAUUAAUAUAGUUCAUAAUGGUUAGACUCCUAAAUAAUGUGAGAAGCCUAUUUCUCACUAACCGUCGGGGGUUUCCAAGAAUGAUAUCUCGGCGUUUGAAUAGUUCAGAUGCACCAGAUAAGAUUACUGACGUGAAAAAGAUGCGCAACUUCAGUAUAGUGGCUCACGUUGAUCAUGGCAAGAGUACUUUAGCCGACAGACUACUGGAACUAACUGGUACGAUCAAACCAGGCGCUGAACAUGCACAAGUACUGGACCAGUUACAAGUUGAAAGAGAAAGAGGAAUUACUGUUAAAGCAGUAACUGCAUCUUUAAAUUAUACAUACAAUGGUGAACAGUACCUGCUCAAUCUCAUAGAUACUCCAGGACAUGUAGACUUCUCCAAUGAGGUAGUCAGAAGUGUAACAGCGUGCCAAGGAGUUAUAAUGCUUGUGGAUGCUAAUGAAGGUGUACAAGCACAGACAGUAGCAGUGUACUCUCUGGCACAAAAGAACAACCUUUUCAUAAUCCCAACACUAAACAAAGUGGACUUACCUCGAGCAGACCCCGAAAAAGUAAAGUCACAGCUGCAUUCCUUAUUUAAAAUAGAUCCUGAAAGUGUAAUGAGCAUAUCCGCCAAAAAAGGUUGGGGUGUCAAAGAGUUGUUAGAAGCAGUCAUAACUAGGAUACCUCCUCCUACUGUUGAUACAGAGGGGCAUUUUAAAGCAAAUGUCAUUGAUACAUGGCAUGAUAAAUACAGGGGAGUGCUAUGUUUGGCUUACAUACACUCUGGUAAAGUGCGUGUAGGUCAAGCAGUGAAAUGGAAAUCUGAUUUCAAGCCCCAAACAGUGAAGUUUCUUGCUAUGUUGAGGCCAAGUGAGGAACCUAUUGAAGAAGCUGUUGCUGGUCAAGUUGUUAUGGUAGGUUGUGGGCCACGAGGCGGCGGCAGUGUAGGUGACCAAUUACUAGCCAAAGAGGUAGCAGACUCCGAGUCUGCGUCAGCGGUCCCGCCAGUCAAACACAUGGUCUAUGCAGGAAUUUUCCCCUCAGACCAGUCACAGCAUCCACAGCUCAAUGAUGCUAUUAAGAAGCUGGCUUUGAAUGACUAUGCAGUUACUGUUACUCCUGAUUCCAGUCCAGCCUUAGGGCAAGGAUGGCGAAUUGGUUUCUUGGGGCUGUUACAUUUGGAAGUGUUCACACAACGCUUGCUACAGGAAUAUAAGGCUGAGGCCAUACUGACAGCUCCAUCCGUGCCAUAUAAAGUUAAAGUUAAGGGUGCUAAAGCGAUAAAGCAAUACAAAGGCACAGAAGUCAUAGUCACAAAUCCUUUGCUACUUCCAGAUGUCAAAAACAUUGAAGAAUAUUAUGAGCCGUUUGUAAUAGGAACUAUUAUAACUCCUGUGGAGUACAUUGGAGCAGUAACUUCCCUGUGUAUUGACCGACGGGGGACUCCCCUCCCUUCGAACUCCGUAGAUGAUAGAAUGACCAUGAUGCAGUAUAUAUUGCCUCUAUCUGAAGUCGUUAUUGAUUUCCAUGAUACACUUAAAAGCCUUACUUCGGGAUUCGCAAGUUUUGACUACCAGGAUUAUGGUUUUCAUCCUAGUGCGUUAGUGAGGAUGGAUAUUCUCAUCAAUGGUAUGCUAGUGGACGAGUUAUCUACUAUUGUGCAUACCAGUCGUUUGGAGUACAAUGCUAGGAGGCUUACUGAGAAACUCAAGGAAAUGAUUCCGAGGCAGAUGGUGCAGGUCGCCAUCCAAGCAGUUGUUGGAGGGAAAGUGUUGGCUAGAGAAACGUUAAAAGCAUACAGAAAAGAUGUCACAGCAAAAUUGUACGGAGGCGACGUGACUCGAAGAAAGAAGUUGCUGAAACAGCAGGCUGAAGGAAAGAAGAAAAUGCGCAGUGUGGCGAAUAUAAGAAUACCAAGAGAUACCUUCAUAGAUGUAUUGAAAAGAUAAUGCUAAUUAAUAUUAAAGUAUUUUAGGAAAUA